AUGCAGCCCCCGCUGACCCUGGGAGGGACGGACACCUUCCAGCCUGGACCGACCCCGGCACCAGGAACCCCCGGCCUUACCAUGGACCCUGAGUGCUCCCGGCUCCUCCCAGCUCUCUGUGCUGUUCUGGCAGAUCCCAGCCAGCCAGUGGCAGAUGACACCUGUUUGGAGAAGCUGCUAGACUGGUUUAAAACAGUAACUGAAGCAGAGUCCAGUCUCCUGCUCCUGCGGGAGAACCCCUGCCUGGUGGAGCUGCUUUCCCAGGUGCUGAGAGCCCAGGACCUGAGCCCCGGGAUCUUGUCCUUCUCACUCCGCCUCGCGGGGAUGUUGGCAGCGCAGGAAAACUGCUUCCAGUAUCUUCAGCAGGGGGAGCUGCUGCCCGGGCUCUUUGGGGAAGCGGGACCCCUCAGCCGAGCGGCCUGGGCUGUGCCCUCCGUGCGCAGUGGCUGGAUCCAGGGCCUGCAGUCCCUGGCGGCGCACCCCAGCGCUCUGCACUUCCUGACUGACCGUGGUGCUGUUGACACCGUCUUCUCCCUGCAGGGAGACCCCAGCCUGUUUGUGGCCUCAGCUGCCAGUCAGCUCCUGGUGCAUGUCCUGGCCUUGUCCAUGCAUGGCGGAGAGGAGGAGCGGCCCUGCCUGCCAGGGGAUGAUUGGCCCGCAUGUGCCCAGAAGAUCGUGGGUCACAUCGAAGAGUCCUUGUGCUCCACUGCCAUCCCGAAGGUCACUCAGGCCCUGAAUGUCCUGACCACCACCUUUGGGCGCUGCCAGAGCUCCUGGACGGAAGUCCUCUGGGUGCGGCUGAGUCCCCACGUGGCCUGUCUGCUCGAGAGAGACCCCGUCCCAGCUGCUCACUCACUCGUGGACCUGCUUCUCUGUGUGGCCCGUUCUCCUGUGUGCGGCUCUUCCGACGGCGGCCUGUGGAAGACAGCGGCAUGGGCUCUGGGCUGCCUGAGCCCCACCCACGUGGGGCCCCUGGCUUUGGGGGUCCUGAAGCUCCCACACUGUCCAGAGGCGUUGCGGACCCAGGCCUUCGGGGUCCUCCUGCAGCCCCUGGCUUGUGUCCUGAGAGCCACUGCUCAGGCCCCUGGACCCCCAGGCUUGCUGGACUGGACCACAGAUGACGCCACGGUGGUGGACACGCUUCUGUCCUCCAAGUCGUCCUGCGCGGGCCUCCUCUGCCGGACCCUAGCCCACCUGGAGGAGCUGCAGCCGCUGCCCCAGUGCCCCUCACCCUGGCCCCAGGCACUCCUGCUCGGGGCUGCAGUCACCAUCCUGCGGCUCUGCGACGGCUCUGCGGUGCCCGCCUCGGGCAUAGGGGGGCACCUCUGUGGGACCCUGGCUGGCUGCGUCCGGGUCCAGCGGGCAGCCCUCGACUUCCUGGGGACGCUGUCUCAGGGGACAAGCGCCCAGGAGCUGGUGAUGCAGGCGCUUGCCAUCCUCCUGGAGUGCCUCGAGAGCCCCGGCUCCAGCGCCACGGUUCUGAAGAAGGCCCUCCAGGCCACACUCAAGUGGCUCCUCCGCUCAGCCACGACUCACACCCUGAUGUUCCUCAGAGACCUGUUCCCUGUGCUGCAGAAGCGCCUGUGCAGCCCCUGCUGGGAGGUGAGGGACUCUGCCCUGGAGUUCCUGACGCAACUGAGCAGGCACUGGGGAGGUGAGUGCCCAGCGGGGUGCAGGGCCUGCCCCUGGGCUCACCGAUCCGGGGUGCACCGGCAGCUUCUGGCUGGCCCUGGAAGCCCAGGCCUCGCGGCCCCGCUGGGCCCGCUCACCGAGGCGCUGGGAGCCGCCUGUCGCGUGCGGCUCUUUGAGUUUGCCUUUCGUGCCUUGUUUGACUGUGACCGGCCUGUGGCCCAAAAGGCCUGCGACCUCCUCCUCUUCCUGAGAGACAAGAUGGCGCCCUCUGGCAGCCUGCAGGAGGCUGGUGGCGGCCCGGAUGUGGCCUCCGUGGAGGCCGCCCUGCAGAGGUGGCGGGCGGGUGAGCAGGGCCAGCCCCUGGGUGACCUGGAGCCCAGAGCCGUGCUGGCCGUGCUGAAGUCCCUCGACCUGGAGGGCCUCCAGGGAACGCUGGCCGAGAGCAGCGACCACGUGGAGAAGAGCCCCCAGUCCCUCCUGCAGGACAUGCUGGCCACGGUGGGCGUCCUGCAGGAGAACCAGGCUGACUGCUACUGAGGCAACCCAGCCCGGCGCUGAGCCCUGGGACCCCCAGAGGAGGGCUGCGCCAUGUCGUUCCGUGGGACGCUGCCAUUCCGCGGGGCCCGCAGGGAGUCCGGCCUUGGAGAGGAGCGAGGUCUGAAGAGCUCCCAUUUGGUGUGUUGUUAAGGAGGUGGCUUAUUUUCUACUCAAUAAAUGGCUCUGAAGUUUUUAAUCCAUUGUGAGUUAA